ACAGCACUCCAAGGAGGCGUGCCCAUGGACCAUCUCGCUGAUACCAGGGGAGCUGCCAGCCAGAAAUCUCUAGCUGCAGCCUGGCCAGGAGCGGGUCCACCUCUGUGGCUGGUCCUCCCCACACCCAGGAACAUCUUCUGAGAAUCCGCGGCUGGCUGCCCCAAGGGCCCGAAGCUCACGUCUGGCAGCUCUACCACCCCUGCCACAGGGAGGAACCAUGAGCACAAUCAGCGAGGUGGUGCAGCGGGCCAGAGCCGCCUUCAACGCGGGCAAGACGCGCCCGCUCCAGUGCCGCGUCCAGCAGCUGGAGGGGCUGCGGCGCCUGAUCCGCGAGCGCGAGAAGGACCUCGUGGGCGCCCUGGCCGCCGACCUCCGCAAGAACGAAUGGACCGCCUACUACGAGGAGAUCGUGUACGUCCUGGAGGAGAUCGACUACAUGAUCAAGAAACUCCCUGAGUGGGCUGCGGAUGAGCCCACGGAGAAGACCCCCCAGACCCAGCAGGAUGAGUCCUACAUCCACUCAGAGCCCCUGGGUGUGGUCCUCAUCAUUGGCACCUGGAACUACCCCUUCAACCUCACCAUGCAGCCCAUGGUGGGCGCCAUUGCUGCAGGGAACGCAGUGGUCCUCAAGCCGUCGGAGCUGAGUGAGAACACAGCAAGCCUGCUGGCCACCAUCCUCCCGCAGUACCUGGACAAGGAUCUGUACCCGGUGAUCAGUGGGGGUGUCCCCGAAACCACGGAGUUGCUCAAGGAGAGAUUUGACCACAUCCUGUACACCGGGAGCACCGGGGUGGGCAAGAUCGUCAUGAUGGCUGCGGCCAAGCACCUGACCCCUGUCACGCUGGGGCUGGGGGGCAAAAACCCCUGCUACGUGGACAAGGACUGUGACCUGGACAUCGCCUGCAGACGCAUCGCCUGGGGGAAAUUCAUGAACAGCGGCCAGGUCUGCGUGGCCCCCGAUUACAUCCUGUGUGACCCCUCCAUCCAGAACCAAAUCGUGGAGAAGCUCACAAAGUCCCUGAAAGAGUUCUACGGGGAGGAUGCCAAGAAGUCCCGCGACUACGGGAGAAUCAUCAACUCCCUACACUUCCAGAGGGUGAUGGGCCUGAUGGAGGGCCAGAAGGUCGCCUAUGGGGGCACCGGGGAUGCGACCACCCGGUACAUAGCCCCCACCAUCCUCGUGGAUGUGGACCCCCAGUCCCCGGUGAUGCAGGAAGAGGUCUUCGGGCCCAUAAUGCCCAUCGUAUGCGUGCGCAGCCUGGAGGAAGCCAUCCAGUUCAUCAGCCAGCGCGAGAAGCCCCUGGCCCUCUACGUGUUCUCCCUAAACGACAAGGUGAUUAAGAAGAUGAUCGCGGAGACUUCUAGUGGCGGGGUGACGGCCAACGAUGUCAUCGUCCACGUCACCGUGGCCUCGUUGCCCUACGGGGGCGUGGGGGGCAGCGGCAUGGGGUCCUACCAUGGCAGGAAGAGCUUCGAGACCUUCUCCCACCUCCGCUCUUGCCUGGUGAGGCCUCUGCUGAAUGAGGAGGCCCUCAGAGCCAGAUACCCCCCGAGCCCGGCCAAGAUGCCCCGUCACUGAAGCGCUGCCCUG